AUGUCCCGUCUGGCACUGAUGAAUUUUGGAAUAUUUGGUAAAUUUUUUAGUGCCUUACGGUACGUUUUUAAAAAAGUAUUUCGGGCCUUAACUGUGCGAAAUGGUAUUUUAAUUAUACGAGAUUUAUUAUUUGACUCACUUUUUUGCCUUGGAUGGCGAUGAAUAUCUUCUUCUAUUAAUUCGUUUUCUAAACCACAUUUCUCCACAAUCGAUUUUAUUACCUCUUUUUCUUCGAUAUUCUCUGGUACCUUCUCCAACAAUGCCCUCUUCGAUUUUUCUUCUAUAAUUUCUCUAUCUAACAUUGCAGCAUUGACAUUUCGAAUAAUAAGGUCAGGUGGACAGCCCAUGGCGAAAUAGUAUUUGUUGUCUGUGGUGUGAAAUCUGUUGUA